CCUUUGAACAAACUCCUACUCUAUCUCUCUCUUUGCAAGCAUUAUCUGCUGUUAUUAUCUCCCAGCUUGUUCCGAGGUUUUCAUUCCUACGAUGGUGCCAAUGAAGCGUGCUUCAGACUCGUCAGGGGAUGUGAGACCAUCCAAGUCGCUUUGCAUUCGACAGAAAAAGCAUCAGCAGGUGAACUUACAUCACCUCUGGCAAAUAUAAUCUCAAAAUUGCUCAUUCUAUGACCUAACUUGACCUUAGCAGACGUGCCCUGUUGAUAACUCACAUACCGCAGAUGGACAGAUUCAGAUCAAGAUCAAACUUGCCUCUCCGUCCGAGACCUUUCGCACUUACGGAGACGAGCAGGAACCACGUGAAAGACAAGUGGAAUCAAUGCAUGACUUCUUCACAAUCGAAUACUGAGACCCAAAGUACGCAAAGUACGACGAGUUCGCUACUUUCGACUGGCUAGAGCCAAUCGACGUGGUUGCAAUCGACGCGCAUACUUCAGUUCAAAUAGGACACUCCAUUGCACAGUUGGUCCAAAAACCAACAGUGGCCGGCCAUUUCCAUCACUUCAUUAGACAGCCUUCAAUGAAGUGACCGUGUUGGGGUUUGAUUUAUUCGACUGUAAUGGAAUGUUACGAGAAGAUUACAUCCGGAAAGUCUCGGAAUACUGGAAACGCAAGCUUAACACGAAGAUUCUUCUUCUCAUCGAAGAUAUCACAAUUGGUCACCGUUAUUCAGGCCGUGGAAUUGACACACAAAUGCUCAAAGCACUCCUCAGGGCCACACAAGACAAGGUCGAGGACACUUUUCUUGCCAUCACAUGGCCAGAAUCUGACAAAACAACUCGGUUCUGUGAAACUUUCGAAAUCCUCGUGGGUAGCAGUGGUACCACUCGAGUUCCCGAUCCUGUGGAUCCUAAAUUCACAACAUGCUUUCGAGAACUUGGGUUUCGACAUAUUGAGAGUUCGAUAUGGUUUGGCUUGGUUGUAAGAACCUCGGAAGUUUUCCAUCGACCUCGCACCCUCGACCACUAUUUUGACCCUCUACCCAGACUGAGACCGAAGCAGGAACUCCCAGGGGUCAUCUUAGCAACCUUCGGAAUGUUCGACGAUUCACAUAUGCUCCAGAUUUUUAAAAUCCAAUAUGGACAACUGGCUCCAGAUUCAGAGCAGUGGUUGGCCACAGAUAUAUGGGGAAAUACGAUCCUGCAUCUCGCUGCUCAACUACACUACCCCAAAUGUGUUGGUUGGAUUCUCGAGCACGGAAGCCGUCAUCUCCCACACGUCUGCAACAUGAAUCGUGACACUCCACUGCAUGCUCUAGAGCUCGCCUUCGAAAAGUCUCGAUCUAGAUGUCUUCAAUUACCGUCUUAAAAUCUCGUUCUGGGAAACUUUGCAGGAUACCCGGAUGGUGCUGUCUGGUGCCUGGCCAAGUUGGGGGCAUCCAUCUUGAGUACGAGGCAGAGGCUUGGAAACGUUUGGCUGCUGGAUGCUCCUGUGGGCUCUGCGGGGAGGGAUACCUGAGCCCUCGAAUGUCAUUCAAAUUAAUCCAACAGGCCUUGUUUAUCAAUGUAUCCUUUGAAGGCGAACUAGUUUGUGGGGGUCUAAGGCCACUGGA